AACGAGUCUGGUAACCAUUGAGCAGACAGGAAGACGCCUGCCUGCUGGGAAUACGAGCAGCAGGCUGUCCAGGUUUGGCACCAGGGGCGCCAGAGCAGAUGUUCCGGAUCUGCGAAGGUAUCUGUAACCUGCUUGAUAUUAGGCGCUCGGGUUUUAAGCCAAUUGAGGACUAACGGGGAAUUGACCCCGCCCCCAGCCCAGGUUGCCCCGCCUCUCCCCUGGCCUGACCCCUGCGCAAAGCACGCUGGUAUUUAUGGGCUGUGCAACACCGCAGGCCCACCAUGCGAUAGGACCUAUCUGUCGCUCCGCAUUUUUCUCGCAGCUUCCGUACUUCCGGGAUAUCUGGGCCCCAGUGUGCGUGUCAGGAUUCCAGCCUGAUUGUCCCCGGCUCUAUGUAGGAGGACCAGAUCCUAACCGUUCAUCCUGAGCCAUCCGAUCCCACCACGAACUGGCCAUGCAUGGGAAGUUGCUGCCGCUGGCCGGCCUCUACCUUGUGCAGGGUCUGCCGUAUGGACUACAGUCCAGCUUGCUUCCCAUUUUACUGCGGGCCCGUGGCCUCUCCCUAACGCGCGUGGGUCUGACCAAGGGAUUGUAUGCUCCCUGGCUGUUAAAGCUGGCGUGGGCACCGCUGGUGGACAGGCGGGGCACCCCGCGGGUCUGGUUAACACUCAGCACAGUGUCCCUGGGCCUGGUGUGUGGACUGCUGGCUGUGUUGCCUCCUCCGCAAGAUGGCCAGACAGGGCUACCCAACAUCGUGAUGGGGCUGCUACUGCUGCUGAAUCUGGGUGCAGCAGUGCAGGAUGUGGCUCUGGACACACUCGCUGUGCAACUCCUAGAGCCAAAGGAGUUGGGACCUGGGAACACUGUCCAGGUGGUCGCUUACAAGCUGGGGUCAGCACUGGCGGGGGGUGGACUGUUGGUCCUGUUCCCCACCCUCUCUUGGCCACUGCUCUUUUUGCUCCUAGCUACCACCUACUGGCUGGCUGCUGCCUUAGCCUGGGCUGCACCAGCCUUGGGAAGGCUGCCUUGGCCUCAGGCCUCUGAGCAUACACCUCACACCUCCUAUCUUCUACAAGAUUUGCUGGCUGUGCCUGGGACCCUCUGGACAGCAGGCUUUGUGCUCACCUACAAGCUGGGUGAGCAGGGUGCUGGCAGCCUGUUUCCACUUCUCCUGCUGGACCAUGGUGCUUCUGCCUCAGACUUGGGGCUAUGGAGUGGCUUGGGUGCUGUGACCUGCUCCAUUGUUGGCUCCUCCUUGGGCGGGGCUCUACUGGCCAGGCACUGGCAGCCACUAACCCUGUUGAGGUCAGUGCUGCAGCUUCGCCUUGGGGGUCUGGCCUGCCAGACUGUUCUGCUCUUCCACCUCAACAGCCCAGGGGCCAGUCUAGAUGCUGGCACAGUCACGAGAGGGGCAGCUUUGCUGAGCCUAUGUCUACAGCAAUUUCUGGGGGGUGUGGUCACCACUGCCACAUUCACUGUGAUGAUGCACUGUAGCCAGUUGGCACCCAGAGCCCUGCAGGCCACACAUUACAGCUUCCUGGCCACCCUGGAACUGUUGGGCAAGCUGCUACCGGGUACCCUGGCUGGAGUGCUGGCUGACGGCCUGGGCCCACAUCUCUGCUUCGCUGCCUUCCUUGUACUCUCAGCCCUGCCUGUUCUGGAUCUCCGCUUGGCACCCAGUAACCUGACCUGAGCUGGAUGUUAGUCAGGGCUGUCCAAAAAGCCAAUAAAGCUAUGUAUGGCCUGGAUGUCUAGGACCCAGGAAAUGCAGCUGUCCUCAAACUGAGGGCUGUGUCACCAGAAAGCACAUAAAAUUACUGGAUGCCUUUUAAUCUG